GUAACGCCUGUUCAAUUAACAUCGCGUCAUUGACCUAUAUUUCAUCAUUGUCGUAAAGAAGCCGCACGUUCGGUUUUGUCACCAGUGCCAAUGCGAAGAUUGCGUUGAAACCUAAUGACGCCGGUAAGCGCAACGACUAACUUCUACAGCUGGCGAACUGAUUCUUCUAGGUCUACAUCUUCGGGGCUAAUCUACGCCUGCUAAGAAUUUCUCUUCAGCCUGCUGUGUACCAUAUAAGAAUAGAAGAUGCAAAAGCAAACUAAAAAGCGUAGUGAGCUUUUCUUCUUGUUGGUACUAAACAUUUGCUGUGCAUCGAGUUUUGCUCCGUUCGCCUGUGCCAACGAUACGUCGGAUAGCCUAACAGCGGAAAUGUUCAACGUCACGACAGCACUCUCGACGAUCUUUCCCGAAGAAACGUCGCAGCCUGAGCAAACCACUGCGGCAACAACGGUGACGCAAGCGACCGACGCCGCAACGACAACGCUGACGUCACUCCCGGCAACGGCAGCGCCUCCUAGGCCAUCACUCGUCGUGACGCCUAGCGAAUGGUGCGAGUGCGACUUGACCACCGGUUCGUGUGACGUGGACUGUUGCUGUGACGGAGACUGCAGCCCGGACGACUCCCGGGCAUUCCAGCACUGCACCGACAGGGAACCAGGGGAGCCGGACCUGAGGUACUGCACCAAGAGAGACGUCGUCUUCAGGAACAGGACGCUCUUCGAGAAGAGACCAGUGGGAGACAUGCUGUGCAUCGUCGUCGACAACGUUCAGAAGAAGGACUUCUAUCCAGAUCCACCUGAGGUUAAGACACUGGCCGAUGCUCACAGCCUUAUUAGGGGCAAGGUCAUCCACAAAUGGCCGUCUGCUGACGCAGUCAGGACGGAACUGCAGGCUCAGUUCAAAGCUGGAAGCCCUGUACUUCGUGUGGAUGACGAUGGCAUCGUUGGCGAGUGGAGGUUGCCGACCAAGCUGUUCAGUUCUCGCUGCGAAGCGACAGAAGCGAUUGCGUACCUACGUGACGCGGACUACGAGUGUGGCCGUAAGAUCAGUGCCACCUUGGAACGAACCUGCUCAUCUGACCCUUCGUUCUCGGUAUUCACAUACCACAGUAACUUCUCCAUACGGUCUCAAUCCGAUGAAAAGUUGAGAAUACAGCCAUUCGUUUGCUACAACGAGUCCUGCCUAGUGGCCAACACCAGUGACUGCGCGCCCCGCUUCGUCGACGGCUCCUGCGAUCAUGUGGUUUCGGAGGCUGCCUUCAGAGUGUUUCACAAUGGUGCCGAUGGCAUAUCGCGCAUCGACGUUCACUACAAGCUUGUCGCGCUUAAAUCUGGAACUGUUGAAUUCGGCCAACGGUUCAGCGUUUCCUUCGUUUGGGCAUCUACUAACGGAACUGAGCCGCUCAAAGUGAGCGGCAACCCUGGGUACAUAACCGGGCUUCCAAUACUGGCGGGAUGCUUCGGUGAGAACGGAUCGGCUUGUCGGGAAGCAAGACCCCGAUGUUCCUGAGUAGUUCCACAGCCAACUGACGGGGACUGCAUUUCUCCCGUGCGGAGGAGCGCCGUCAAGUUUCGGUACAACGUCAGGACCGGCUGCCUCCUGUGGCCCUGCAGGUUCCCGAACUGCUCGGUGCUUCAGGACGCCCUGCUGGGCUACGUCACUAGUACGGAUCAUCACGUGACCCACGUGGCGAGCUUCGGAAACGCCAACAGCUCUCGGGUCGAUGGCUUCGUCCCCGUUUUAGUCGAAAACUCGCCGGUGACGGACUCGACGCAAGCGGCCGUGUCUUCCUCGACGGCCCAGAAGGACUUCUGCGUCCUGCCCGCAACGGAAGUGCGUGUCUACGUCAUGCACGCCCGAACCCAGCACGCAUCGAGGCCUCAGGAGAAGAUAGUUUCGGUUUUGCGUUCGUACGGCCGAAGCGGCGCGGCCGAAGUUCGUCUCUCUCAGAGAGUUCCGGUGGAAGUGACGUACUCCGUCAACUUCGUUGACGUCACAAGUCCUCGUAAACGCAUCUUCGCGCCUCCGCCCACGAUUGACGCACGUCUGCCGCAGGAUUUUUUCUAUCCUUUCUUUCUGGAGUCAGCCGCGUCGAAAUAUCACAGCGCGAUGUCUUUUUCUUUAUCCCUCGCACUGCUCGUCGUCUCUGCAGCCACCGACUUUUGGCGGCUGACGUAUGUGCCGUUAUUGGAGCAUUGUUAA